AGAGCAUGCAAAUUUGAGAUCUGUUGAAGCGCAAAAGUUUGCUGCCCGCCAUGGCUUCUAAUGCAGCGAUGUUGUCAGGUGUGAACAGUGCGGGCCUCUUUCAAGGUGGUAUGCUGCGCGAUGCGCCAGUGCAAUCUAGCCAAAGCUGCAGCUUUGUGAACGGCUGUCCGCUGCUGCGUACUCCCACAUCGGUCCAGAGGAAAGGAAGGGCAGGCACAGCAUUUAGAGCACAAGGCAACGAGAGCGGUGUCUCGGUAGCUGAAAAUGCUCGCAGUGCAGCCAAGAAAGCCAAGCGCUUCACACCCAGAGGGGAUAAAGUGCUCGCCCUAGCAGCAGCAUCAGUCCCAUUACUGAUGCGGCUGGGCAGCGGUGCGCUGGUGGCCGGGUACUCGACUUCGUUGGAGAAAGACGAUUCUGACCCGCAGUCAACUUACUCGCUCUUCCGGGUUGCAGGCCGCCGCUUUGUGGAGAAAGGCGCCGCUCACACGCUGCCUGCAAAGCCGAUCGAGAUCUACGAGUUCGAGGGCUGCCCCUUCUGCCGCAAAGUGCGGGAGGCCGUCACCUUCCUGGAUCUGGACGUCCUGUUCUUUCCCACGCCGCAGGACGGUCCGACAUACCGUCCGAAGGCCAUCGAGCUGGGGGGCAAGAAGCAGUUCCCGUACAUGAUUGACCCUAACACGGGUUACUCCAUGUACGAAUCGGACGAGAUCAUCAGCUAUCUGUCGCGAACGUACGGCGACGGGAAGAUGGCGUUUCAGCUCAAGCUUGGGCCGCUGACCAGUCUUACGGCGGGGCUGGCGAUGCUACCAAGACUGGGCAAAGGGUCAUCGUACCGGCCAGCAAAGAAGCCAGCCAAGCCUCUGGAGUUGUGGGCCUAUGAGGCGUCGCCGUUCUGCAAGAUCGUCCGCGAGGUCCUGGUGGAGCUGGAGCUGCCCCACGUGUACCACUCGUGCGCGCGCGGGAGCGCCAAGCGCCAGGAGCUUUUCGACCGGACCGGUAUCUUCCAGGCGCCUUACUUAGAAGACCCCAACACCGGGGCUGCCAUGUUUGAAUCAGGCGACAUCAUUGACUAUCUUGAGAAGGAGUACGCGUUGGUAACAUAACACACCUAUGGUCCUACUUUCUUGCGUUUUCGUUGACUUGUUGGAUAAACGGACAUCAGAUUGAUCUUACAGAAAUCGGGAAUCUGACGAGUUGAUAGAAGGUUUUUUUGACAAACGCUGUCCCUGAAAUUGCUAAAUGGUGACCGUCAUUUGCCCCUGAGACAAUCCCAUCUUUCAGGCAGUCUAGCCUACUAUCUAUCCUCAGUGUGGAUAACUUGCUGCCACUCCCGUCCGCACAAAGCACAUCUCAAAGCACAUCCUCCGAUAUAAGGCUCAUGCUCGACUGUGGCCUCCGAGUGGUCAGCCUGUCGGAUUGACUUUGGGUCUACGGGAUCUAGCUGCCACUGUUCGUGUGCUGAAUAUUAGACCGUCACUCAACCUUGAGGCUAGGCAUCCUAUAAGUUGUCCAGCUCGUUUUCGGCACCUAGUCGGGAUGCUUAAUUGGUCGUCGUAAUGG